AUGCUGGAGCAACGCGGACCCGUUCACGAAGCCCGCGAGGAGGCGAACCGUUUGUGUCUCCCCGAGGACGACAACCUCGAACAGCCGCCGCUUGGCAGCGGCAUGAAGCAUGGACUGCCCCGGUGGCAGCCCCAACUGCCGAACACGCUGCGCACUUCAGCGUCUGGGCCGUCCCAAUCGACCGGCGCCGCGGGUGCGGCAGAGGAAAAUGCUGACCUGCGUGACGACGAAAGUAUGGGCGUGUAUGAUCACAUGAUAUACAACGCGCCUGCGAUCCCGCAGGCACCCAAGUUCAAGGGCUCGACGAAAGCCGAGCGCCGACAGUUUAUGCGCGAGUACAACCAGUACUUGGAGCAGGUGGCUGCGUUGCAAACGACGACCACCAAACCCUUGGUGAUGCCGGUGUCGGCCUGCAUCGACCAUUACACGAAGAAACGCGUUGCCAUGUGGGAACUGGACAAGACGGUGGAAGAGACCACGGAAGCUGACUGGAUCGCAUGGAUGCGCCUCGGCUUUGAUGUCCUGCCCUCGGACCUCGACGCGAUCAAGGUGCGACUGCGUGGAGCAGUCAAGUUCGAUCUCUCGAUCGUCGAUGUCGACUCGAGAGUGGGCAAGAUGCUGGAGGGCCUGAUGAAAGCCCUCGAGCUCGACAACCAAGAGUGGGUCCUCAAGGAAGAGGGCAAAAUGAUGGUCGGCGUCAUCGUUGACGCGAUCAAACCGGCCGCGGUCAAAGAACAGAUUGCGAUGCAGCGCAACAAGGCGCUGAAGAGCGACGUGAUCAAGUUCGUACGGUGGUUGCGGGAGUACGCAACGACGUACCAAAUGUUCGUCAAGCUGCGACCUGACGAUAGAACUCCUCUGAAGGCGAACAAGCCUCCUACUGGCGCGGCACGCGCCAGCAGGGGGAUGGACGCCCAAGGGGGGUUGUCUCAAGUGCUGUUCUCUCGAUCAUUUGGUGAGAUGCUGCCCAAAGGCAACUCCCGCAGGAGAUAA